UUGAACAACUCCAAUGGCUGGCAAUGGCUUGUGGGUUGAUUAAAGUUGAACUUGUAGACUCAUAAUCUGUGCACAAAGAUUUCGAGAGGAUAGCCUAUCAUUCUUAGAUCAACUUAUCAACCUAUCAAUCUUAGAUAAAAAGAAACACUUCUAAAGAUUCAUUGACAAAAGAUCUAUUAGUCCAUCAAGUCUAUAGCAUAUUGAUAUGAAUUCGGCCGGUGACAUCAUAUUAAAAGAUACUACUCCAUUGCCUUUCAAUGGUUCAAAUAUUUCAAAUAUUAACCCAGCAUUAUUACCACAAUACCCUCCUGGUCAGAACAUCUUGUACAUGAUUGGUGGAUCACCUCAGUCCUCGAGAUCAUUCUACUCCUGUGACAGACUCAGAAGACUCAAUCUCCAGGAACAAGCCAAGUGUUCUGGCAUCAGCUCUCUUAUCCAAGUCAUCUUUUGUUGCUGUUGUUUGGAUAUUUCCAAAGACAUGGCUGUUUAAAUAAUUCAUAUUGUUGCUUUUUAGAUUGACAAUUAAAUCUUAAAUACUAGUGUCUGUUUUAACUAGAUUGAAAAAUAUCGAUCUAAAGCUUAUGGCUACAAAAACAACAACAAAAAAGUUGGUAUAAUUUAAAAAAAAAAGAAAUAUUUUACACAUUGACUUUCGAUUUAGGAUGAGAACAAAAGUGUCUCAAGAGAUUUAAAGUCAAUUGACUUCUCUUGUACAUUAAAUGCCGAGGUGUUCUGUCUCAUACUUUACAAAUAUAUUUGUAUGUGUGUGUGUGUUCGUCUGUUUACUUUUGUUUUCACAUUGUUGACAUCUCCAUGUGUGAAGAACAGAAAGGUGUUAAAAGUUGUAACUUAACUCACGGGCUGCUAAAUGAGAAGCGAGAGCUUGUCGCGUGCUCACUGCAUCCCAAACUCGUUGGCCUUAAGCCCAGUUCGCCAUUACAACCAGUGACUUUCUUCAGAAAUCGUUUUAAUCAUCCGAUGUUCUCUAGCCUACUAUUGAAUACAAAUGCAAGUUUUGUGGAAGUAUUGACAUAAUGUAUUAAAGUGUCUGGACAAGCGAUUUAUGUGGCAGUGUGGUCAGUGCUGGCAUUCCGAACAAGAUAGGAUGUAUUCAUUAACAUAUUGAUUUAUUCCAUGGCCAGUGGCUGAGGAUAAUCCAUGUCAUAGAAUUUCUCUUGAACGAAACAAAUCAAGACACUCUAUUGUGUGUGUGUGUCACUCACGAAUAGCAUUGACUGUUACGUAAUGGUGGAACUUUGAAAACUGUCAAGAUAAAAAAAAAGCAUUACAUAGAAAAAAGAAUUCAUCUUACUUUUAAUUCCAAAGCUUCUUUCAAACAGAAGUUUGACUUGUGAAUAAAGUUUCAAUGUGUACAGAACGCAGCGUACAUCUUCAAUGAAAGAAAUACAUUUUCUGUGUACAUACUCGAAGAAAAUACGUACAUGCAAAAUUUGGCAAUUAAUAUUUCUUUCAUCUUCUCUGAUGACGCAGAUGUGUUCAAUAUUACAGCUAACCUUACAUCCGAAAUUGAUACCGAUGAAGGCCAGUUCUUUUAUCAAGCUACUAGCACAGCUAUUGAUCUGGUCACAGGCAACUGGUCACAAGAGGAACCAUUGUACAAACUCAAAAAUCCUGCUAUUGGAGUUCUUUUAGCCAUAUUUAGUUUAAUAGUUGUUGUUGGUAAUUUGAUGGUUAUAGUUGCAGUGUACAGAGAAGUUUAUCUGCGUAUGGUGACCAACUAUUUCAUUGUCUCCCUGGCCAUCGCUGACGUCAUGGUAGGAGGAGUGGUCAUGCCUUUCAGCAUCAGCAACGAAUUGACCACAUCUGUGUGGCUGUAUGGUCAGGCCUGGUGUGAUAUGUGGCGUUCUCUGGACGUGUUGGCCUCUACAGCCUCCAUUCUCAAUUUAUGUGUUAUCUCCUUAGACCGCUAUUGGGCUAUAACUGACCCGAUAGCCUACCCUAGUAAAAUGUCCAACAGUAAAGUUUGUAUUCUCAUAGCAUUGGUUUGGUUUUGUUCUGCAGGGAUUUCAUUUCCUGCUAUAGCUUGGUGGCGGGCAGUGACCCCCAGUGACCUGCCCAAGCAUAGGUGUUUAUUCACAGAGGACAGCGCCUACUUGAUCAUCUCCUCUGUAGUGUCCUUCUACGUGCCAUGUAUUAUCAUGAUGUUUGUCUAUUGUAAAAUCUAUCGCGCAGCCCUGACACAAAUUGAAGGGAUUAAGAGUGGCUGCAAAGUAACAGCCGACUGUCCAAGGGGAGACAAUGGAGAAGUGAUGACAUUGAGAAUACAUCGCGGAGGCUACCAUUUACGUACUGAGUUGUCUGGCUUUGAGCGGGGUGUGAGCGACAGCGACACUGACAGUCCGUUGGGCAGUCGACAUCAUAUGUACCAUCACAACGCACACCCAAACCAUCUACGCUCCACCACAUUUAUCACCAAGAAAAUACGUCACUUCGCCAUUAGUAAAAAAUUGACUAAACUGGCGAAGGAACAAAAGGCGGCCAAGACACUCGGCAUUGUUGUGGGUGUAUUCAUCAUCUGCUGGGUGCCAUUCUUCUGUGCUAAUGUCCUGUAUGGGAUCUGCCAUUCCAACUGUGUCUACAGGCCCGAACUAUUAUUUCCAGUCUUCACCUGGCUAGGCUAUAUCAACUCUGGUAUGAAUCCGAUCAUUUAUGCAUUAUCCAUGAAAGACUUCAGACGAGCUUUUAGCAAGAUGAUCCUCUGUUGUCCUAGAUACAGGUACUCCCAAUGCAAACGACAGGCGUAUAAUAAUCAAACCAACAGCUCAUCUACUUCCAGCUUUUCUGUCAAUUGCAGUGACCGCUGUAUGAGCCUACAGAUUUAGGUUAACUCUCUGUAGACACCAAUAGCUGGAUGUGUCGUGGAUAUCAAAAGUCUAAGACGUGUAAUUAUUGUGAAUAAAGCUAAACAAGUGAAUUAUAAAACUAAGUGAUUAUAAUAUAAAGAAUGUUAUCAUCUUAUCUUUUACAUGCUAUUAUUCAUCAUAUAAUCAUUCCCAGAUCCAUAAGAUUAUGUUUGUUUCAAAUAGUGCAUUUUGAAGAUAUAACCUACUUCUUGUAAAUAUCAUUUUCAACCAUGCACAAUCUGUAAAGCACACACUGAAACUAUACACACAUUAAGUGUUUGUACUAAAUCAGUUCCUAUGUGUGUUCUGUUUGUAUGUUAGUGUUAGAAAGUGUUCACCUAACAUGAAUGGUUAGCACCAUGUUUAUGUUGCAAAGACUCUCGUUCUAUAAAGUGAAAUGUCUUUAUUGUAGUAACACGCAACCAUUCAGUAGUAGCCAUUCAACAGUAGUCAUACAACAGUAGUCAUACAACAGUAGUCAUACAACAGUAGUCAUACAACGGUAGUCAUACAACGGUAGUCAUACAACGGUAGUCAUUCAGCAGUAGUUAUAUAGCGUUAGUCAUACAACAGUAGUCAUUCAGCGGUAGUCAUUCAACAGUAGUCAUACAACAGUAGUCAUACAACGGUAGUCAUACAACAGUAUUCAUGCAACUGUAGUCAUUCAACGGUAAUCAUACAACAGUAGUCAUACAACGGUAGUCAUACAACAGUAGUCAUACAACGGUAGUCAUACAACAGUAGUCAUACAACAGUAGUCAUACAACGGUAGUCAUUCAACAGUAGUUAUAUAGCGUUAGUCAUACAACAGUAGUCAUUCAGCGGUAGUCAUUCAACAGUAGUUAUAUAGCGUUAGUCAUACAACAGUAGUCAUUCAGCGGUAGUCAUUCAACAGUAGUCAUACAACAGUAGUCAUACAACGGUAGUCAUACAACAGUAUUCAUGCAACUGUAGUCAUUCAACGGUAGUUAUACAACAGUAGUCAUACAACGGUAGUCAUUCGACGGUAGUCAUUCGACGGUAGUCAUUCGACGGUAGUCAUACAUCAGUAGUCAUUCAACACAGUUAUACAACGGUAGUCAUACAACAGUGGUCAUACAACAGUAGUCAUACAACAGUGGUCAUACAACAGUAGUCAUACAACAGCAGUCAUACAACAGUGGUCAUGCAACAGUAGUUAGUGUUAUUUUUAAAGGGGCACAAAAACUGUUUUAAUUAGUUAUCCAUAUUUGAAUAUUAAUCAGUAAAAUGACAUUACUAAUAUUACCAAUGUUAAAAAAUUGAACUGUUAAAUUAAUCAAUUAUUCAAGCUUGCAAAAUAGUCAUGUCAGAAUCAAUUAGUCAAGCAAGUAGAAUAUUCAUGUCAGAAUCAAUAAGUCAGACUAGAAUAAUAGUCAUGGCAGAAUCAAUCAGUCAGACUAGAAGAAUAGUCAUGGCAGAAUCAAUCAGUCAAACUAGAAUAAUAGUCAUGGCAGAAUCAAUGAGUCAAACUAGCAGAAUAGUCAUUGUAGAAUCAAUCAUCAAACUAGCAGAAUAGUCACGGUUCAAUCAAUCACCGAAGCUUUGUGCAGAGCAAGGUAGAGAAAUUAUUUAAAAGAAUGUAGAUCUUGUACAUUUGAAUUAAAGAGAAUGUUGAUCUAGUACAUUUGAGUCAAAGAGAAUCAAGAUCUUGUAGCCUACAUUUCAAUACAAGAGAAUAUAGAUCUUGUACAUUUCAAUCGAAGAGAAUAUAGAUCUUAUACAUUUGAAUCAAAGAGACUCUAGAUCUUGUACAUUUGAAUCAAGACAUUUUCCUAGCAUACGAUGACAAUGUACAAGCCUAACUUGAUAUUAUUGAUAUUUCCGAAGUACAAUGACGUCCUCGUGAUUCUUGGACUUUAAAACUGUUGUUGUUUUUUCCGGGUAUCGUUCAUGUUUAUUUAAGAAAAUAAUUUUUUAAAAAAGCAUUUAUAAUUUAUAAUCAAAAGAAGAAAAUUCCAGAUUUGCAGUAUUUUAUUUGUUUGCCUAUAUGUGAAAUGUAUGAAAUAAAAUGUAGUCUAAUGUUGAACUCUGUUAUUGUAUUACUUUCAAUGAUCGUCUAGCUCAAAUAUGAGUGUAUAUGUAUGGAUUUAAUACUUAUGCACUAUACUCUGGGUAGAUUUGUACU